AUGCAAAAAAGAGGAACAUCGAAGGUAGAGUUGGUAAAGAAGGAAGGAGCAACACUAGGACUAAUUAUCACAGGUGGAAUCGACAAAGACUUUCGACCGAAGAUAGCCAAUCUUAGACCUGGAAGUAUUGCCCAUAGGAGCGACGCUUUAGCAGUAGGAGACUAUUUAAUCUCAGUGAACGGGAUUCGUACCACUAAUCUCCGUCACGAUGAGAUCGUUAAUUUACUGAUGAACGCUGGGGACAAAGUCACCCUGGAAGUGGAGUAUGAAGUUCCGGUAUCAACAGAAGGAUCUAUGUGUGUUCGUCCGAAAGUUAUUCAAGUAACGUUGGAGAAGGAAAAUGGAAGUUUUGGCUUUACACUACGUGGUGGCGCUUGUACAGAUAGACUCAAGUCCAGACCACUCACCAUCACACACGUUCGACCAGGAGGGCCUGCUGACAGGGAAGGAACAAUUAAAUCAGGAGACCGUUUAUUGGCUGUUGAGAACAUUAAUCUUGGAAAUGCUUCCCUGCAAGAUGCCUUAACAGUGCUGAUAAGGCUGGAAGAAAGAGCUUUGUUCACGUUGGAGUAUGAUGUAUCUGUAAUGGAUGCAGUUCGUAAUGCUUCUGGCCCUCUUUUGGUGGAAAUCGACAAAACUCCAGGCACACAGCUAGGGAUAACUCUCACACGAAUACACAGACCAGAAAAUGCUAUUGUCAUUGAAAGUAUAAAGCAAGCAAGUGUAGCAGAAAGAUGUGGAGCACUUCAUGUUGGGGACCACAUAUUAGCUAUUGAUGGCACAAGGAUUGACCAAAUGACAGUUGCGGAAGCCUCCCAGAUUCUCAAGAUGUCUCUUAAGGAAGUUAUUAAGUUAGAAAUUUUCCCUAUCAGUCAGAUGAUCAGUCAGAGAGUUCCUGGAACUAAAGUCCGUAAAGGCUUUCUGCCACCAUCUAAUGUGGUACAAUUGGGCUCCAAUUUUAGCUACAAUACCUUAUCUUCUUUUGGGGAUAAAUCAUCCUCAUCAUCUAGGCAGCCACUUCUUCCUCUUACCCAACCUAUACAUCAAGGAAGAUGGGGUCAAAAUUUGGAUCAUAGAAGACUUCUAGCCAAGUCUGUACCAGCUUGUUCUUCAAGUGCUUCCUUAUCAUCAACUGUAGCAACUUGGGUACCACCUACAGGUCAGCUCAGUUAUACUGAUAUGACUGCUGUCACAAUCCAUGCUGAUCAUCGAGGGUUUGGAUUUGCACUACAGGGAGCUACUUUUACUACAGAAAUGUUGUCUGCUUCUCCAUUUAUCUCAGACAUGGACCCUGGAGGCCCUGCUGAAAGAACUGGCAUUCUUCAUGUCGGAGACAGGGUGUUAGCAGUAAACACUCAGUCUACCCAAGGACUGACUGUUGAAGAAGUUACUCAACUACUCCAGCGAUCACAUCCUAGGGUAACACUUGACAUUGAGUUUGAUGUAACAGAGGCUGUGGUACCAAGCAGUGGAACGUUUACUGUCAAACUGGCUAAACCAGGUGGUGGCCUCGGCAUAACAAUCACAGCUCCAAAGAAUCGACAACAAGGAGAACCCCUGAUCAUCUCAGACAUUAAGAAAGGCAGUGUGGCUCAUCGAACAGGAACUCUUCAACCAGGAGACAAACUGUUGGCCAUAGAUUCUGUACGGAUGGACAAUUGCACUGUAGAAGAUGCUGCUGAAAUCCUGCAAGCCUGUGAUCAAAUUGUGAAACUAAGGAUUCGUAAAGAUGAAACAUUCUCUGAAGAACCAGAUGCAUCUGGAAGUGUUGUGUAUACAGUAGAGUUAGUACGCCAUGGAGGACCUCUUGGUAUAACCAUCUCAGGCACAGAAGAACCUUUUGAACCUAUUGUUAUUUCUGGACUUACAGGUGGUGGUUUAGCAGAAAAAACGGGAGCUCUUCAUGUGGGAGACCGUCUUUUAGCUAUCAACAACCAGAGUUUGAGAGGAAAACCUCUGAGCGAGGCUAUACUUAUGUUACAGAAUUCUGGGGAUGUCGUUACCCUAAAGAUCUCCAAGACUCCAGACCAAAAUCCAGAAGAGAGUUUAAAACCAGGAAAGGAAGAGCAAACACAAGAAAGAGAUACUUACCUAAAAAGUAUCAGCAAAACCCUUCCAAGUGUGGAUAGUGCUGUAGAGUCCUGGGACAGUUCAGGACUGGAGAUUUCUAUCAAUGAGAUGCAGUCCAAAGAAAGUUCAGGAAAUGGAGAAUGUGAUGAUACAGAACAAUCUUCUUCUCAAAAAUGGAAUUUUAAUUCUGAAUCUGAACCUAAUGAAAAUGAGGAUAGUCUUAAACCAAGAGAAUUGGAUGUUGAAAACUGGGAAUACCAGACUCGUACUAACCACAGUUGUCGAAGUUGUGGCAGCAGUCAUUCUAGUGGCUCAGGUGGGAAGCAUACCAGUUGGUCAGAAGCUUUAGAAAACUUUGAACUAUGUAUGCGGCCAGAAAUACUGGGAAGAGAUCAGGGUAUUGCGGAAAAUGAUCCUGUUCGUCGGGCAAAUUCACAGUCCCAGUUUUGUGGCACAAUGAAUUCACCUGGUGAAAGCAUAAAUCAGUCAAAGUCUCGAACAGUAUCUUUGGAACAACUUAAUGAUAUAGUUAGCCAACCAGGGCAAUCUGAAGAUGGAUCACAGAGGUGUAGCACUUUACCAAGUUCUAUAUCCAAAAGAAACAGGGAACAAGCCCACCAGAGUACUGAUCAUGGUGCAGUGUCUCUAUAUUCUUCUUACCAGAGCUCUUUGGCUGUCCCUGUGCCAAUUGAAAUCCACAAAGUGACACUUUUUAAGGAUCAAGUGUAUGAAGACUUUGGGUUUAGUGUGUCUGAUGGUCUCUAUGAAAGAGGAGUCUACAUCAAUAGGAUACGACCUGGAGGACCUGCCAACAUUAGCGGUAUUUUGAAACCCCUAGAUAGGAUAUUACAGGUAAACAACACCAAAACUCAUGAUUUUGACUGCUGUCUAACAGUUCCACUGAUAGCAGCAGCAGGGGACCGUAUAGAACUUGUUGUUAGCAGGCCAGCUUAUGAGAGCCGGAUGUCUCUAGCAGCUAGUACUCUUGGAAGGGGAAGUGUACUUCAUCCUUGGAUGGAUGAAGUAGAUAGAGAAGAUUGCUCAUCACCUCUUCAUCCACCUGAAGGUGCUGAAUUGUUAUCAAAAGCUAUUUGAUUUGAAUUAAAGUAACAGCUGAGAUGUAAAGUAAUUUUCUUCUUCAAAGUGUUAUUGUUAAAAUAAAAUGUGUUCAAUAGUCAGUCUACUUUACUUAAUUAAAGGGAAAAUGUACAAGGUAUUAUUAGAAAAUCUACUUAAGUCAUCUUCAUCUUACAAACAACUUAUUUUCAUUUUGCUUUAGACUGGUUUCAUUGUGAAUGGGCUUUGAUAUUGUCUUAUAUCUGUAAAGCACUACUUUAUUAAAUACACCAGUCUUAAAUGUAUUCAUAAUUCAAAGAAAGAUUAUUGAAAAGCUAGCAUUCCAUUUUUUUUUUUUAUGGGACAAUUGGUAUGCCUAUCGUAAUGUCUCUUUUCUCUAGCUUUUCUACUUAGUAUUGAUAAAAUAACAAGAAGGAUAAAGAAAAGGAAUUAUUCAGAAUACUUUGAGAAAUUUCUGUGAAAUAAGGUUUUUUUAUUGACACUGGUAAUGACCUCAGUAAUAUCAUGUUUAUCACAUGUUCUUCAACUUAAAAACUAGGUAAGGUUAUGUAAGGUAAUUAAGAAUGAAACUUUUCAAAUUAGCUAGGAGCAAGAAAGUAUUUCUUGUUCAAUUCUUCAUAAAAUGCUAGCACAAGGAAUUGAAGUGCCUUAUUUUUUAAGUUUUUUUUGUUAGCAUUUAAGAGUUUGUUAAAUAUGUUUGUUAUUUUAUUAAAAAAACAAUUGUUUGAUAUAUUUUAGUCACAUUUUACCAAGUUGUGAAAUUAGCAAACUUGAGGUUAAUUUGUUUAUUAAUUCACUUGAACUAUGUUUUAUUUUGUGUAGUUUCUAACAAACCACUGCUAAUCUUGUAUAUUGAUACUUCAGAAUUAGUAAUUAGGGGACUGCUUCUGUAUUAUAUGAAAUGAACCAAAAUGAUUCACUCAGUACUGAAAGAGGAAUAUAUUCAUAACUUAAAGACAUUAUUUGCUUGGAAGGAAAGAAAAAUAGAUUUAUUUCCAAAGCUUUGUUGUAUAAAAAACACAA